AUGGUUCCCACAGCACCUCUGAUGAGCGGGGAGGCAAGGCUGCCCCCAGAGGCAGAGACAAGGCCCUGGGAAACUGAGCAGGAUGACAUGGCUGAAGGAGAUUUAGGGGACGGUCUCGGAAGAAGGCCCGGUGGUAUUUAUGAAGUGCAAGGUUUACACUUACUUACAUCUAGAAAGAAGUCGGAUGGAAAAGACUUUAGCCCGCCGCCAUUUGCAAGGAAGGGGGAAGAAAAAAGUGGUGCCUUUUUCCAGUAUUCCCCGGCAACACACAAAAGCCAGAAAGAAACAUUUAUACCCAAGCAAUCAACUAUCCCAUCGUGGGGCCGGAGCAAUGGCGCAGUAAUGCUUAUUCAGGACUUGUCAAAUGAAGAAUUAAGGCACCGUCUCAGUGAAACUUUAGAGGAGAUAGAAAUAUUAAAAACUGAGCUUGAAGCAUUUCAAAGACAACUGGAAGGAAAAGAGGAAGCACUGAAAAUUCUUCAAAAGAUGGCUGUAUUGGACAAAGCCACCAGUCAUACCCAGUCAGUUCUUCAAAAAACCAUGGAACAAAAGAGAUCCUUGGAAAAGGAAAUAAAUGCUCUGCAGUGGGAAAUAGAAUUUGAUCAGAAUAGAUUUAAAAAUAUAGAGGACUCUUGGACCCAAAAAUAUGACAGGCUAAACUGUGAAAAUGCAGUCCUCAAGGAAACUUAACUGAAAACAGAAGAAGUUAAAAUGCUAAAGUCUGAAAAUGCAAUUUUGAAUCAACACUAUUUGGAAACUCUUGCCAUGCUUGAUAUCAAACAGCAAAAGAUGACUGAAGAGCAUAUGUGUCAUGACCAAACAUUCUGGGUAACGAAGUCUUGCCCCUGGGGUUUAAAGCUUGCAGUGCUCGAAGGCUGUCUCUGUCAUGGACCAGGAGGGAGUCCCUGUUCCUGUGCGAAAAUGGCUGUGUCCACCCAGAAAACGCUUCUUCAGCUCAAACAACAGCUUCAACUUUCACAGAAAAGUACAGAAGAAGCUUAUAUAAUGGCAGAUGCAUUCAGAAUUGCAUUUGAGCAACAACUUAAGAAAAAUGACCAGGCACUAAAAUGGACACAAAUGGAUAAAUGUGUGAAAGAACAGCAAAAACGGAUCAAUGGAAGAAACCUUAUUGAGGAUGGAGAAGAGUUGAAUGAUAAAGAAGAAGCACUGGCUCAUCAAAGAAAAGUCAGUUAUAUGCUUGCUCGGGCACUGGAAGACAAAAACUGCACCCUCCAAGAAAAUGAAGGAAAAAAUUCUAUGAAAGAGAAUUUUCCAUCAACUCCCUGGCAGAAAACUUCAGACUUCUCCAUUUUGCGGCCCUAUCAUUUAGGUGUUCCGGUUUUUAAUUCUACUGCCUGUAUUUGUUCAAUUCGGCACCUUUACACAGAUCAAAACUACCCAAGAACUCUUAAAAGAACCUGUUCUUUGCCAUCAAGUAUAAUGUUCUGAA